CUCUCGGAUGUCGCACGACAAAAAGCAACCGGCCCAGCUACAACGGAGAACAUUCGUCGUCGUCAUUUUGAAAAGAUAGGAAGCUCUUGUGCCUACAGGUAAACUGGAAUCAGCUUGCGAAGAAAAAAAAGUCUGUGUUUUUGCAGCCAAUUUCAUCAUCAAAUUGUGAUUAAUUCGUUCUGCUCGAUAACUAACUACCAGUGCACAUAGGAAGAAAAUCAAUCCCUCGGCAAAAUGAGUCUUGUUUGGAGCCUGAUCGCUUCCUUCCUCUAUGUGGAGAUAUUCAUCGUGCUGAUGCUGGUCCUUCCGGUGGCCAGCCCCCAGCGAUGGCAACGGUUCUUCAAGAGUCGCUUCCUGGCGAUGCUGAGCAGACAAGCACAGACCUAUUUCUAUCUGCUGCUGUUCGUGUUGGUCCUGUUCCUGCUGGAGGCCAUCCGGGAGAUGCGAAAGUACUCGCACGUCGGUGAGUUGCAUACCGGAGAUCCCGCCGCCGAACAGCACCUGAACGUGGGCAUGCAGCACAGCAUGCGGUUAUUCCGCGCCCAGCGUAACUUCUACAUUUCCGGCUUUGCCAUUUUCCUGUCGCUGGUGAUCCGUCGCUUGAUUUCGCUCAUCACGUCCCAGGCUCAGCUGUUGGCCCAAUCGGAAGCCUCGAUGAAGCAGGCCCAAUCGGCUACCGCCGCCGCUCGCAGUCUGCUCUCCCAGCAGAAGAAGGAAGACGAAGCCGGCGACAAGCCGAAACCCUCCGCUCCAUCGGCUGACGAAGUUAGUGCUGACGAACUGAAGAAGCGCGUUGCCGAACUCGAAAGUGAACUGGCCCGCGAACGUAAAGAUAAGGAAGCGAUGAAGUCACAGUCGGAGAGCCUGAACCGCGAGUACGACCGAUUGACCGAGGAGUACAGCAAGCUGCAGAGGAAGAUUGCCAUCUCCAGCAAUGACAAAAGUGACUAAACUUCAGGAGAGAAGUCAUUGGAACGAUGUUUAGAUGUUUAGAGUUGAUUUUCAUCGUGGGUUUGCCUCCUUUUCGGUAGGGUUCAUUUCAUAACUAUUCACUUAUCCAUUAUAUUGACUACUGAUAUACAUUUUCACUAUCAUUAGAACAUCAUUUGCUAAACUAGUUCUUAAACCUUUCCAAACCUAGGUUAUGACUUAAAACAAGAUGUUUGAAAUAAUGCCUAGUAAUCCACGACAAAAUUGAAGAUUGUAUGGGAAAAAUAAUCUAAGGACUGUGAAUAAACUAAUCUUAUGCACACGUGGAUAAGGUUUAACACCAUCGAUGAGACUUAAUGUUCGACAUGGCAUCUUCAUUCUUUCAAUAGAUGCACGCGUAUUUAAAUGUUUGGAUAUUUAAUCGUAAUAAAGGAUGGUUUGUUUAAAUAAAAUAA